UUUGUAUUUAUGCGUCAAUCGUCGCGUACGGUACACUCGGAAUAUAGUAAAGUGGUAGAAAUUUCGCUUUGGAAUUGAUUAUAGUUAUUUACUUUGUAUCUUUUAACUUCAUUUUUAGCGCAUAAGUGAGCGACUAGAACCUGGAAAUAUGCCAAAUGCUACGUUCUACGCUGAAAGCGUACCAUUCGAACAAAUCGAAAAACUAGCCAUCAGCGGUGGUUACUCAUCGAUCUAUGCCACUUCAAAGCCCAGCGUAGAUGUCGUGGGGAACUGGCAGAAUCGCUAUUGCUCAUUGGCCGACACCUUUCAACCCGUUCUCGAUCGUGUGUACAAUUUCGAUGUGCGCGAAGAUGAUGUUUGGAUUGUCACAAGCACCAAAUGUGGCACCACUUGGGCACAGGAGAUGACAUGGUUAAUAUUGAACGAUUUCGAUUUUGAAAAGGCAAAAUCAGAGGAUCUCACCUUACGUUCACCAUUUUUGGAGUUCAAUGGAGUUGUACCGAAUGUACCGCAUGACACAAUUGAAGCUGCUAAUAAUCUACCGUCACCGCGUUUGAUAAAAUCUCACUUACCCGCCUGGCUGCUGCCGAAACAAGUGUGGACCAAGAAGCCAAAAAUCAUUUACAUCUUCCGUAAUCCGAAAGAUGCAGCUAUUUCAUAUUUCCAUCAUUGGCGCGGUAUGGUCGGGUAUAAGGGCACAAAGCAGGACUUUAUGCAUUCCUACAUCGAUGGCUAUGUCAAUUUUAAUCCCUUCUGGCCACAUGUGCUCGACUUCUGGCAAUUGCGCAACCAACCCGAAAUCUUUUUCACCAGCUAUGAGCGCAUGAAGCGUGAUUUGGCUGGCGUUAUUAAGGAUGUGUGUAAGUUCUUGGGGCGUGAAGUUAAAGAUGAGCAACUGUCGCAGCUGGUGGCACAUCUAUCUUUUGACAAAAUGAAGGAUAACCCCGCUUGCAAUCAUGUCAAGGAGUUUGAAAGUAUGAAGGCGGCAGCUGGUAGAGAGGUGGACGAAUUUAGCAGAUUUGUACGCCGUGGCAUAGUUGGCAGUCAUAAGGACGAAAUGCCACAAUCAGUUAUACAGGAAUUUGAUGACUGGACGGAGGAUAAUUUGAAAGACUACCAACUGACUAUUGAGGAUUUUACAAAUUAUUCAAAAUAUUAAGGGCACUUUUCUUAUAAUUAAGCUAAGCAAUAUUGUAUAUAAUGAAUAUUUUGUAAAUAAGUUUUUUUUAAUUAAAUAUGUUGGGAACAUUCCAAGGAAAAUUGUAAAUAACGACACUAA